AUGGGUGAAUGUCACAAUAACAGCAGCUUCUCCAUGACGCAAGACCUGCCGGAGAAUUGUCCUGACUCUUUCAAUUCCAGCGCAUACGAUCUGGACUAUGGAGUACCACGGGAGGAGAUCCCCGAUACAACGCAGGGAUGUGCGUUUUUUGUGGCUACCAUUGUCAUAGCCAUGGUCCUGGUCUGUAUCAUAUUAGUCUGUGGCAUUGGCAACUGUCUGUUCAUUGCCUCUCUGGCGCGCUACAAAAAACUCCGUAACCUCACCAAUCUCCUCAUUGCUAACUUGGCCGUGUCGGAUAUUCUGGUGGCUGUAGUGUGCUGUCCGUUUCUGUUGGAUUACUAUGUGGCGAAGCAGCUGUCAUGGGACCAUGGGCUUGUCCUGUGCGCCUCAAUCAACUAUUUACGCACGGUGUCCCUGUAUGUGUCCACCAACGCGCUGCUGGCAAUCGCAGUGGACAGGUACAUGGCCAUCGUCCACCCUAUGAAGCCUCGCAUGAAGUACCAGACGGCCUACAGCCUGAUCCUGGGCGUGUGGAUCGUACCCAUAGUCAUUUCCAUCCCCUCUGCCUACUUUGCUUCCGAGAUCACAUACCCGCGCAUCUCCAGUCAGAGCCACAAGACCUUCUGUGCCCAGAUCUGGACUGUGGACCACCAGCUCUACUACCGCUUCUACUUCCUCUUCAUCUUCGCCCUGGAGUUCGCCGGGCCCGUGGCCAUCAUGGCCGUGUGUUACGCACGGAUUUUGCGGGAGCUGUGGUUCAAGAGCGUGCCUGGCUUCCAGACAGAGCAGAUCCGGAAGCGGCUGCACAGACGGCGGAGGAUGGUGGUGGUGCUGAUUCUGGUGUUGGCCGCCUACGUGCUCUGCUGGGCACCGUACUACAGCUUCACACUGGUACGGGACUUCCACCCCACCCUGAUCUCCAGGGACAGGAACUCCCUGGUGGCCUUCUACAUUAUCGAGUGCGUCGCCAUGAGCAACGGGGUCAUCAACACGCUGUGUUUCGUGAGCGUCCGCAACACUGCCAAGUGCAUGCGGACAGUGACCAGGCUGCGCUGGAAGUCUGUCAAAUGUGCAGUGGGAAAGACGGUGGAUGAGCACACCUCGUCUUUACGCGUGACAGAGGAUGUUGAGUGCACACGCCUGAGAUAGAGGCCUGAUCCUGAGAUGAUCGUCUCUAUUGAAAGGUAGAACCAGCAGUAGACCAAGUGGAUUCUGGGAUGUUGCACGCUUUUCCCAUUUUUUUAAGAUCCAAAAUGGUGAGAUAUAAGAUUGAGUCAAGGGAACGGUUUGGCGUUGGGGACAAGAGAUCCAGACUGCUGACAGAGUAGG